AUGGCCGCUCGACCUAAGGGGCAGCAGGGCUCGGGGGUGCCGGCCGUGGCGCUUGCUCCCGUCCCUCCGGGGCGGCCGGCCGGCCGGCCGGUGCCCGCUGCAUCCAGAGGGGGCGCUGCAGGCCUCCCUUCGGUCGCGCACGGCCCAGGCCCUCCGCGACUCUGUAACUCUGCACCCGAAAGGUUCGGCGCUGGCCCGCAGGGCCUCCAACCCGUGACCCAGGGCGACCCACGGACACUGAGGAAACUACCGCCUAUAAGCCUGUCAUCAGAACCUGUGGCACAACACAGGCCAGAAACACCAGCACCCAAGAUGAAGGCAAUUUUCUGUUUAUGGACUGAGUGCCCCACAAAGGAUCUUAUUCUGAAGGCCAUGGAACAUAUCUACCCACAUGGCUCAAGUGGACAGCCUGGAGGAGAAACAGUUUAAAGGCCCUGGGGGAAGCGGGGAGCACCAGGGAGAGCUCCCCAAGACAACAGGAAUUCCAAGUCUGACACUCGGGAGAAAUCCUCCCUUCAGACAUUACUGAUGUCUGGCCGAGUAAUUAGGAAAAACUUCUUUGAAGGAGGGAUUGAGGUUGAGAUGGGCAUGGAACCCAGAUCUUAGGCAGAGAAAGCAUAUUCCUGUUUGGAAGAACCCUGAGUACAGAAGUCAGCUCAAAGAUAUCAGCUUGGCCCAACCAGGAAUUUGCUGUCGGAAGUCUGAGAGAGAAAAUGCUGGCCAUAAUCCCCCAGGAGCCAAAGAGUUAACGAAUCUUCUAAAUGUGCCUGAUUUACUUCCAGAAAGGAGCUUCCUCCACAGGGGAAGAAUUUGACCCAAGGUAUAAAACACUCAGAGCCCUGAGAAAACACACAGCCACACAUAAAUUCAAAGCCUGCUCUGGCUUGCUCGAAGUUGCACCCUUUCAGUUCCUCCAGGCUGAUGCUAUCCUGGGCCGUGCAGGGUAUCUCAUGCAGUAGUCUUCCCUCAGCCAGUGGCUUAUCACACAUUCUUGUCACAUUCCAGUCUAACACAGUUCCGCCUCACAAUAAGACCUCAGAUUUGUGCAAAAAUUCAUGUAGAAAGCUCUGCGUUUAUUAUCUCGCUGAUUCACAACAGUGGUAUGGGAUCUGCAGGGACGGUACCACAGAUUCAAUAACCGUAUUUUUCUAACCCCAGUUUGAGAACCAUAAUGUGACAAGUGCAGGAUAUUUAUGGAGACAACAAGACACAACUGGGACUGCCACUUUCAAGAGCCAUCAUUGUAGAUUCAAAUCAACUAAAACACUUCAUAAUGGGAGAAACUUGGUUGAACAGAGGAGCACGAAGGGGUUUUGGUUGAGAAAUUUACCGAAUCAGUAGGACAGGACCCUAAAAAAGGCUACUGUGACUGUAGACUGAGGGGAAGUACCAAAAAUAAGCUAAUCCUACUCUAUUCUGCUAGUUAGAAUUCACAGAAAGCAUUUUAUUCUGUUCUACAGAGCAGAUAGAUAUUGAAACACAGAGACGAAUAGGAAUGUGUUCAGAGAAGAUCAACUAAAUGAAUUGCAAAUUGAAGGUGUAACAGCUCUUGUAUUUUAAGCUCCUACCAUGAGCAUGGAUCUUCACCCAACAUAUCCCUGAUCCUCACAGUAGCCUGGCUAGACAAGUAUUUUCACUCACAGAUUUCAGAGAAAGAUACGGCAGCUCGGAACGCUGAGUGUUAGGAUGUGAAGGGGCUGGGAAUUGAACGCAGAUGUGCCUGGCUCCAAAGCUGGCCUUCUUUCCACUACUCCACACUGCCUCCCUGUUUGAAAUAGCUGGGCAUAUUUAGUUUGAAGAAAAGAAGCCUUGUGGAGUAAGUAGAAGAAGGAAAUGUGUUAGCGGUCCUCAAAUAUUUGUGGAAGCAGCAUUAGACAUUUUAUUCUGUAUGGCUCCAAUGAGUGCAAAUUGUAGAGAAACAGAUGUCGAUUCAACAUAAAGAAUUUUCCAACAGUAGGGGCUGUCUAGAGGGACUGGGUGGCUCGGCCAUUCGGGGAUGGGACAAAUUCCCUGUCCACUGGCGGCUGGGUAACCCUGUGGCAGGUAUGCAAGCUCUGCAUAUAAGACUGAAUGAAUGAUUUGCAAGGUCUUUUCCCAUCUGAUGUAAAAUAAGGCUCCAAGAUGAACUGGAACUUGGCCAAGGUGAUCCUCUACUGAGGGGACAAAUCCACAACUCAGUCUUCCCUAGUUAUGUCCCUCAGCCCAGAACCCUUGGUAUGACAUGCUGCUUCAUACUGAGGGCAAAACAAAUCGAAGACAUUAUCAUCAAUAAAAUCACAUCAACCUCGCUCUCAACCAAAUUAACCAACAUGGCCGGGCACAGUGGCUCACACCUGUAAUCUCAGCACUUUGAGAGGCUGAAGCAGGUGGAUCACUUCA